AUCAUCAAAUUCGCAACAAUUGAAUACGCUUUUUCGGUUACUUGUUUUCACAUACCCAUGCAUGCCGUGGAUUGUGAUCUCUUCACUCGCCCGAGUUGAGAUCUGAAAGACUGCAGAUCAACAUUUGUAAAGCUUGACUUUCACCUACACCCCUGUUGCUGUUCCACAGAAGAUCUGGUACCUGCAGCAAAGAAACUAGCAACACUUUGAAAUCAUGGCAUUGCAACCUCAAAUGGAUCCAAAGCAGUUGAAGGAUUUCCUCCAUUCCUACAACAAGCUAACAGAAGCCUGCUUCUCGGAUUGCGUCAGUGACUUCACCAGCAGAAAACUACAGGACAAUGAGCAACGCUGUUCAUUCAACUGCAUGGAGAAGUAUCUGAAGAUGACCCAGCGAGUAUCCAUGAGAUUUCAGGAGUACCAGGUCCAAGAAAAUGAAGGUCUCAUAGCUCAACAAGCCAAGUUCGGUGGUAGAUAGUACAUGCUAUGGACCAGACAUAAUUACGUUGAAUUAUUAACAGUGUUGUAGUCAAGUCCAGCUUCGGCCAUGUUUCGGUGGCCUUGACCUGUGUACAAAA